AUGCGAAGUCAAAGUAGACUUUCUGUCCCUGAGUCAGAUUUGGUUUCCACACGUUCGGCCCGUGUUCGUUCGCCACCACCGACUGAAGACGAGCACAGUACUGCAGCUGUGUCAAGGACAGUCAGCGCCCUCGAGUGGGAUGAUGUCUCAACCGCUAGAGUUGCUCCAAGUGAAGAAAACUUAUUGGCUAGCAGUAAUAGUCCUGCUUUGGUUGCUAAUCCAGCCGGAACUGAGGUGCCUGAAUUGCCUGCUAAUAAUGACGAUAUCCCAACGGCAAUAGAAGCUGAUAAAUGAAGGAAGUAUAUAUUCAUAAACGAUA